UAUUGAUAUAACACCGGUUUGUUGAACUUUGUAUCGGCCGUUCUGUCCCUAUCUUGCCCACAGCAAUGUCCAGUCUGACCGAUAAGGUUGUGAUCAUUACAGGUGCCAGUUCCGGUAUCGGAGCCAGUACCUGUGUACACCUGGCCAAACUCAAACCAAAGUUGGUACUGGCCUCGAGGAAUGUAGAUAACUUGACCAAGGUUUCUGAGCAGUGUCAAGCUAAUGGACUGUCGUCGGAGUCGAUUCUAAUAGUUCAUUGUGACGUCGACAAGGAGGAUGACCUUCGGAACCUUGUAGAUGAGACUGUAUCAAAGUUCGGGCACAUUGACGUACUGGUGAACAAUGCCGGGAGCAGUAUAUACCGGUCAAUCAUGGACACAACUUUGGACAUGUUUGACCAGACUGUGAGAACCAAUUUGCGAGCGCCUUUCUACCUCAGUCAACUAUGUAUUCCUCACUUGAUUAAAACACAAGGUAACAUCGUCAAUGUAUCCAGCAUUUCGUCCACUAAAGCGUUCCCGACAGCUGUUGCCUACUGCAUGGCAAAGGCGGGACUUGACCACCUGACUCGGACCUUAGCUGUAGAUCUCGCUGGAAAAAAGGUUCGCGUAAACUCAGUCAACCCCGGUGUAAUUAUCACCAACUUCCAGAAAAAUGCGGGUAUGGCUGACGACAAAUAUGAGCAGUACAUUGACCGUCAGAAAGCUCUCCAACCUCUGGGAGGUGCUGGCGAUCCUGAAGAGGUUGCUAAGGCGAUCCAAUUCCUGGCAUCUGACGAUUCUUCGUUCGUUACUGGUCAGCUGAUAUUUGUGGACGGAGGACGUCACGUAUUUUCCCCGUGUUAGAAAUGAAGUGUUGGCAAUGUUAUGGAAUGUAUACAAAAUUGAGUGAUUGGUGAUUGGACGAUGUGUAAUACAUAUAAAACAGUUUAGGUCAUUGAACUAUGUGUAAUACAUGUACAACAUUUUAAGUGAUUGAACGGUGUCAAUUGCGCUACAUAUUCGAUUGGCCUACUGAGCAAUGAACAAUGCCAAAGUAUCCAGUGAGUUACAUUGUAAAAUGCCAACAUAUCGGGCGAUUAGGCAUCGUUAGAAAUAGGCCUAGUGGAAACGACAACUGCAUUCCUUAUUAUCCAGUAACAUAUUAUAAGUUACAAGUUGUACGUUUAUUAUAAUAAAUAAUCACAGACAAAGAA